GAGUGCUACCUUCUUCUUCCGGUGUGUGGGGAGCUUGGUCUAGCUUCUCUUUUGCUGCACAGCCUGUCAGAGUGUUGGGGGUGGAGGCUUAUCAGGAUGACGAGGUGAAAAUGGCGGAUCUUUCGAAACACAAUCCCGGCCCCUGACAUUCCGGGAGAGUCUACACAAAUACCCGAGGAACGGAUAGUCGAACAAUAACAAUCGUUCCGGCUUCACGCUUUCGCUGGAUCAAAUUUGGGUUUUCCUCCUGGCUUUAUAGGAGACGGACCGGCGCCUGAUUCCCCGCCUUGCAGACUCUCUACAUAAGCACAAAUAAAGAGUUGCGGCGGGCAACCCCGUUCUGUGGAUCUACAGACUGGAGGAAACCCAGAGGCAUGUUUAAGCCACUGAUUCGAGUCCUUUAGACCAAUGCUGUCUAACUGGCAGCCUGGAACUUGGGCUGCUGUUGCAGAGUUCUGUUUAUUACUUGAUGACAUCACUAGAAUAUGCUAAUGAAGUGCUGAUGACUCCCCUAACUAAGGAGAAGCAUUCAGUGAAGGAAAGGGGAGGUGCAGGAGAUGAUUUUUGCUUCUUUUGCAGAAACUAAAUCUGAAAGAACAUUAUAACUUUUGCAGAACAAUGGACUGUGUGAGUUGUCUGUAAAACGAGUCUAACAUGUUCACACCUCAGGCUGUAAUCACCCACAUUGUUCCCCUGUUCACACCUCAGGAGCAGUAGAAAAUAAUCCCUGCACCCUACAAAAAGAAGAUAUACUGAGAUCACCUGCUCUCAGAGGUUUAGAAUGGAUGUGGUGUCUACUGAUGUUAACAAUGUCCUCCCUGAUGAGAUUAUGGAGACAGGAAUUUCCUUGGUGGAUGAUGACAGCAUUGAAGCUAUCACAAUAUCCUCGCCUAUGGUGGAUGAAGCCCCCAUGGAAACAGAACUGGAGCGCAUUGUGGAAGUGAGCAGUAGUGGUGAAUGUGUUUCUACAGCAGUAGUGAAAGAAGCAGUUGCAUCAACUAGCAACAAUGCUGGACACUUAGCAGUGGUUAGUGUUGCUUCAAAGCCAGAAUCUGGACCUUCAGCCGCAGCCAUGAAAACUGUAUUACAGACGCACUUUCACAAACUGGCUACUCCUAUAUCUGGUCAGGUGGUACUUAAUAAGGUUUCACAGGCUUCUGAUCUUACAGCCGGAAGUCAUGUUGUGAAGCAGGAAGGGCAGAAACUGAUUGUUACAACUCUGGGAAAAUCAAGCCACCCCAUUGUUCUGACAUUGCCACAGAGUCACAUUGGAAAUGCACAGACACCAGUUACUCACGUUCAACGUAUAGAAUCUAAAGUGACACCACAGCAGAUUAAGCUUGUAACCAUCGGUGGAAACAGAUCUGAUGGAAAUCCUGUCCUUGGAAUGUCUGCAUUAACAUCUGCACAAAUCAUCAGCCCCUCUACCAAGUCCCCAGUGUUACAGACCCAGCAGAUCAAGACUUUACAGAUUGCAAAAAAAGCUCCUACAUCAUCUGGGCCGGUGAUUACUAAGCUGAUCAUUGCAAAGCCUUUGAAUAGUAAACCACUCACAGAGCAGACUACACAAAUAGCAUCUUCUUUUGCUGGAGGUCCAGCCCUCUCACAAACUAAUCCUGGAACACCACCCAAAGCAUUAAACAUUGCUGAUAUUGGAGUGAUUGGUACACCCUCAGCUAAAACUACAAACAAAAUUGCUAUAUCACCACUGAAAUCUCCUAGUAAGGGUGUAAAAUCAUCUGUUGGCGGCAUCAACACACCUCAGUUUAAGACCAUAAUUCCUCUUGCUGCUGCCCCAAAUGUUCAGCAGAUCCAGGUUCCUGGAAGUAAAUUUCACUAUGUCCGGCUUGUCACAGCAUCUACAGCCAGCAACACAACACCGUCCAGCCAGAUCCAAAGCACCAGCACGCAACCUCUACAGCAAGCUAAACCAGUGGUUGUUAAUGCAACGCCUGUGAGGAUGUCUGUUCCCAUUAUUCCAGCACAGACUGUCAAACAAGUUGUUCCCAAGCCAUUAAAUGCAGCUUCCCAGAUUGUCACAACAAGCCAGCCACAGCAGCGGCUUCUUAUGCCAGCUACGCCACUUGCACAAAUACAGCCCAGCCUUACGAACCUUCCAGCAGGCACUGUGUUAGCCUCUGCACCAGGGACUGGAAAUGUAGGUUAUGCUGUCCUACCUGCUCAGUAUGUCACUCAGUUGCAGCAGUCCUCGUAUGUUUCUAUAGCAAGCAAUGCAGGGUUAUCAGGAACAACAGCUGCUCAGAAUCAGCCAAGAGGGCCAUUGAAUGGGAUCAUUUCUUCGGAGUCAGCAAGUCGUCCAAGGAAACCAUGUAACUGUACAAAGUCUUUAUGUCUAAAGCUGUACUGCGACUGUUUUGCCAAUGGAGAAUUCUGCAAUAACUGCAACUGUACGAAUUGCUACAAUAAUCUGGAGCAUGAAAAUGAACGACAAAAAGCAAUCAAGGCAUGCUUGGAUAGAAACCCAGAAGCAUUCAAGCCAAAGAUUGGCAAAGGAAAAGAAGGAGAAUCUGACAGGAGACACAGCAAGGGCUGCAACUGCAAACGUUCAGGCUGCCUUAAAAACUAUUGUGAAUGUUAUGAGGCUAAAAUUAUGUGCUCUUCAAUAUGUAAGUGCAUAGGCUGCAAAAACUUUGAAGAGAGUCCAGAGCGUAAAACAUUGAUGCAUUUGGCAGAUGCAGCAGAAGUGAGGGUUCAGCAGCAAACUGCGGCCAAGACAAAGCUUUCCUCACAGAUAUCUGAUCUACUUACCAGACCAGCACCACCAAUGAAUAGUGGAGGUGGCAAACUCCCUUUCACGUUUGUAACGAAAGAAGUAGCAGAAGCAACAUGUGAAUGCCUCUUGGCCCAAGCAGAACAGGCAGAAAAGCAAUUAAAAUCGAAGGCAGCCACUGAACGAAUGAUCCUGGAGGAGUUUGGCCGCUGUUUAAUGAGAGUGAUUAACUCUGCAGGAAAAGCAAAAACUGACCCUUGUCCCAUGAGUUGCUAAGUUUGACGAGCCUGACCCUACAUUUUUUUGACAUGGAAGUAUUUGAACAAGGUGGAGAUGCACAAAUAAACACUGCCAGGGAUUGCUUGAGGACUUUAGCCACUGCUUUCUUCUAUCCAUUGAAUUUAUGGGUCUAUAAAAUGGUGCUGGUUUUAAUGGGACUUUCUUCACUGUAAAUUAAGCAAGCUGAGAUUUUAUUAUAAAGACUUCCUUUUAAAUCUUACUGUUUUCUCCUUCUACAGUGUUUCAAAGAUGACGACACCUUAAUGGUGCAAUUUUUUCCCCCUAUUUUAUAUGUGUCACUUUUUUAUUUUUUGUGUUUCCAGUUAAAGAACAUUUUUUUUUUGGACCUAACCGUUUAAUAGCAAAAAUGCAUCUUGCAAUAUAUUAAUCUUCCAUAAACAAAUCAAAGAUAUUCUGUCACGAGGUGUGUUUAUCAAUUAACAUACAAUUUGCACACUGGUUAAAUGUAUAAAAGGGAAUAGAUAAGGCAGAUGCAUUAAAAGAUAUAAAUCCAGAUAGGAAUUCAAAGAGUCUGAUCUUUAUAUUAAUUGUACAAUUAUAUUUUUAAGAUUGCUUAUGCCUGUAACACAUAUCAAAUGUUAUACCAGCAGCUACACAGAUUUUAGUUAUUCUGAUUUUCCCCAGUGUAUAAACUGUCACAUACUGCAUCUACAUAUGCAAAUAUUCAUGAUAUAUUUUUAUGUAAUUUUCCAUGUUGAUUAAAAAGUGGAUUUGCAGAUGAAUGUUA